AUGUCCUACAUGGAAGAAGAGGACAAUGGCCCUUCCCCCGAGCAACGACUAGGCAAUCUGGAGGAAGCCAUGCAGAGAAUGGAAGGUCUCCUGAAUAACUUCCUCGUUUCACAACAACAGCCCCUCCCUACCCCUGCUCCUGCUCCGCCUCCAGCAGCGGGUCCAGGUGUACAAGCCGGCCAACAAGCCAACCCCCGACCCCUUAUCUGCUCUAACCCUCCAUUCGCGUUUGAUGGGGAUCGCACCCAGGGCAGGACGUUCCUGCACGCUGUCAAGCAGUACUGGCAGCUUCUGCCCAAGGCUUUCCAUGAGAACAGGGUUGUGUCGGAAGAACGGGUGGUGCGUUUUGCCCUUUCUUACAUGUCCAAGGAUUUGGCGGCCGCCUGGUCAGAGCGCAUGUCAGAGCGCUCCCUUUUCCCCUUCCCCACCUGGAACUCUUUCGUUGCCAAAUUCAAGCUCCGGUUCGUUGAGGAAAACAAGCAAGAUCAUGCUCUGGCACGACUGGAGACCCACGCCUACUACAUGGGCUCUCGCAACGUGUUCAAAUAUACAGACGAAUUCAAUGACCUCCUCGACCUGGCGGGGUACUCCGACAACUUAGUCAAGGUCACCAAGUGUCGGGCGGGUCUAGACCCAAGGAUCAAUCAGGCGAUCACGACCUCAGGCAACCCACCCAGCCUCAUGAACUACUCAGAGUGGUGCACUCGUGCAUUCUGCCAGCACAACGCUGAGGUAGCCGCGAGGCCAGACAUUCCCCCUGCCUUGUGCUCCUCCCCCCCGCAGCCCCCUGUCCUUGUCCCGCUGCUCCUCUAG